ACCUAACUUGUUUAGUACACAACAACAUCAAACUCUAAUAAACCCAAGUUGGUGUGUAAUAUAAUGGUGAUGGCUGCAGGAGCUUCUUCGUUGGAUGAGAUCAGAAAGGCUCAGAGAGCUGAUGGACCUGCAGGGAUCUUGGCUAUUGGCACGGCUAACCCUGAGAACCAUGUGCUUCAGGCGGAGUAUCCUGACUACUACUUCCGCAUCACCAACAGUGAACACAUGACCGACCUCAAGGAGAAGUUCAAGCGCAUGUGCGACAAGUCGAUGAUUCGGAAACGCCACAUGCAUCUGACGGAGGACUUUCUCAAGGAAAACCCACACAUGUGCGCCUACAUGGCUCCUUCUCUCGACACCCGACAGGACAUCGUGGUGGUUGAAGUCCCUAAGCUAGGCAAAGAAGCGGCAGUGAAGGCCAUCAAGGAGUGGGGCCAGCCCAAGUCAAAGAUCACUCAUGUUGUCUUCUGCACUACCUCCGGCGUUGACAUGCCUGGUGCUGACUACCAGCUCACCAAGCUUCUUGGUCUCCGUCCUUCCGUCAAGCGUCUCAUGAUGUACCAACAAGGUUGCUUCGCCGGCGGCACUGUCCUCCGUAUCGCUAAGGACCUUGCUGAGAACAACCGCGGAGCUCGUGUCCUUGUCGUCUGCUCUGAGAUCACAGCUGUCACCUUCCGUGGCCCCUCUGACACCCACCUUGACUCCCUCGUCGGUCAGGCUCUUUUCAGUGACGGCGCCGCCGCACUCAUAGUGGGGUCCGACCCUGACACUUCUGUCGGAGAGAAACCCAUCUUCGAGAUGGUGUCCGCCGCACAGACCAUCCUCCCAGACUCUGAUGGUGCCAUAGACGGACACUUGAGGGAAGUGGGUCUCACCUUCCAUCUCCUCAAGGAUGUUCCCGGCCUCAUCUCGAAGAACAUUGUGAAGAGUCUAGACGAAGCGUUUAAACCUUUGGGGAUAAGUGACUGGAACUCCCUCUUCUGGAUAGCUCACCCUGGAGGUCCUGCGAUCCUAGAUCAGGUGGAGUUAAAGCUAGGACUAAAGGAAGAGAAGAUGAGGAUGACACGUCAUGUGUUGAGCGAGUAUGGAAACAUGUCGAGCGCGUGCGUUCUCUUCAUACUAGACGAGAUGAGGAGAAAGUCAGCCAAGGAUGGUGUGGCCACUACAGGAGAAGGGUUGGAGUGGGGUGUCUUGUUUGGUUUCGGACCAGGUCUCACUGUUGAGACAGUCGUCUUGCACAGCGUUCCUCUCUAAAAAGAACGCUUUCCUUCUAUCUCCUACCUACCUACGCAAAACUUUUAAUCGUACCUUACGUUUUAUAAAAUAUAAUCAUAUAUGUUUAUGCAAUAAUUAAGGAAGAAUUCAUUU